AUGUCUUCGAGUUCCGGUCGAUAUAUUCGUUAUCUGCUGUUUGCUGUCUUUGGACUGGCAAUUAUAGGCUUCAUUUCACGAUCGUCGCUGCCUCUGCCUGAGAAAUACGAAUCUGCGCUUCUCCUCAACAAGGGAAAACAAUCCACGGAAUCCACGGAAUCGAAGCCAAUCGAUACCUCGCACCAAAGUCCAGUCGUCUCCCGGCCCCCGGAGUUGACGCCUUCUGGCGACCGUAUCAAUGCGACUUUUGUGACGCUUGCCCGAAAUAAUGAUAUUUGGGAGAUCGCCAAGUCGAUCCGGCAGGUAGAGGAUCGCUUCAAUCGCAACCACCACUACGACUGGGUUUUCUUGAACGACCAACCGUUUGACGACACUUUCAAGAAGAUCACGACUUCUUUGGUGUCUGGAAAGACCCAUUAUGGACUGAUCCCGAAGGACCAUUGGUCGUAUCCCGAGUGGAUUGAUCAAAACAAGGCCAAGAAAGUGCGCGAGGACAUGAAGGAGCGCAAAAUCAUCUACGGAGACUCUGAGAGCUACCGACACAUGUGCCGCUACGAGUCCGGUUUCUUUUUCCGCCAUGAGUUGAUGCUCAACUACGAGUACUACUGGCGUGUUGAGCCCAGCAUUCAAUUGUUCUGCGACAUCUCGUUUGAUCCGUUCCGAUACAUGAAGGAGAACAACAAAAAGUACAGCUUUGUGCUCAGCUUGUACGAAUACUUCGAGACCAUUCCGACUCUCUGGGACAGUGUCCAGAAGUUCGCCUCGGCUAAUCCCCAACAUAUCGCCGAAGAUAACUCGAUGGGGUUCCUUAGCGACGACGGCGGAAAGACGUACAACAAGUGCCAUUUCUGGUCCAACUUCGAGGUCGGUAGUCUGGAAUGGCUGCGAUCCGAUGCUUAUAUCGAUUACUUCACUUCCCUCGAUAAAGAUGGCGGGUUCUUCUAUGAGCGAUGGGGUGACGCGCCAGUCCAUUCGAUCGCUGCGGGUCUUCUUUUGAAAAAAGAAGAAAUCCACUUCUUCAACGAAAUCGCGUACUAUCAUGUGCCAUUCACCCACUGCCCGACUGGUGAACAGACCCGACUUGACCUAAAAUGUCACUGCAAUCCUUCCGACAACUUUGACUGGAAAGGCUACUCUUGCACAUCUCGCUAUUUCCAGAUUAAUAAUAUUCCCAAACCAGAAGGCUACGAAAAGGAAGAGUGA